CUGUCAGUGAAAUCAUCUGUACAUUAUAAAAAGUGUAGAUGUUGUGGCAUUUAUCGUCAAUAUGUUUCGAAAUUACUUAUAGUUAUGAGUUAAUUAUUAAAAUUAUACGUAUCUAGGUAAUGUAAAAAAUUACAAGUAAUGUUUUUGUUAUAAUGACGGAAGAAAAAACUAUUGAUAUAGAGCAAGAGCUCGAUGAGCUCUUGACGAAAGUACAGCCGAACCUUCAGGACGUUAUUAAGAGAAGUUUUACGAAUGUCGCGUUGCAACAGACUAAAAAUGGGGAGCAAAUUAAACCAGAUAUUCUGGAAGACGUCUCCUACUUUGCCAAAAAUACACAGGUGAAUUUAACCAGAUUAGAGUUACUAAGGCCUCCAACAUUCCACAUGCAAGCAGUAUCCUUAGAUCUGAAAUCAAUGGGGCUAACUUUGCGAUGCUCCCUCGGAGAAGUAAAUAUAAAAGGACUAUAUAAUGCAUUUAAUGAGAACCUCUAUAACCUCAUACCGGUCAUGGCUGAAGGACAUGUUCUUAUAUCAUUGUCAAAUGUGACUGCAGACGUUAAUGUAGGCUUGGUGAUUGAAGAUGACGCAUAUUCGUUCAUUAAUCCUGGAAUAGAAUUCACUCAUGAUGAAGUACUUGUUAAGUUAUCCUGGCCGUCGCCGCAGAGAAGUGGAGGUUACGAAUUCAUAACAACCGAGCAGCUCGCUAAGCAUAUAGAUGACCUGCCCCUCACCGCUGCGAUAUCAAUGCCCCUAUUCGCCUUACUGCGACAUAAAUUACAACGACACUUAAAGCAAGUGUUACGGCAGGCCACCAGCGUUUCAGAAGUGAUGUGCUGCAAUCCUAGUCUGCUGGAGGCGUAUAGCUCGAUGGUUGACCGAAUAGCGGAAAAUGGUAACAGGGUGGUCGAUCUGGUGUUAAUCAAUAUGAGGAGGACGUUGCUGCAAACUUGCCGAGAGGUUCUCGAGCUGCCGCCGUUACAUGCCACAUUUUUGCAUAAGAUAGGUUCAACAUCAUUCAUAGGUAAAUUGGAAACGGACACGGGCUGGAUUAAGAACUUAGCGACCAUCAACAGGAUCAACGACGUGAGCGUUUCGAGACCAGACCCGCUGAAGACAACGUUCCACGUCAUCCUCAGUAUCAAGGAUUUACAGGUGGGCUACGAGGAGUACCGCGUGAAGGCGAUGGGCGUGUCGUGCGGCGGGCGCGUGUCGGCCGCCUUCCGCGACAACCGCCUGCGCCUCGCGCUCAGCGUGGGGCUCGCGCGCUGGGAGCCCUACGCGCAACUCGACGACCUGCGUCUGCAGCUCCUCGAUGGCAUGGACAUGCACGCGAGCGGGCUGGGCCCGCUGAGCGCGCUGAGCGCCAGCGUGCGCGCGUGGCUGCGCGGCGCGCCCGUGGCCGCGGCGCUCGGCGCGCAGCUGCAGCACGAGCUGCGCACGGCGCUCGCCGAGCUGGCGCUGUGGGACCUCGCGCGCGCCAGCUAGCGCCGCCUCGCUCGUACGCGCACUCACCUUUACUGCAUACUUGCACUUGUUUCUGUAACGCGGUAUUGUCUUUGUUAUGUGUUCCUGAGACAAUACAGUACAUAGCAAUAUUGCUUAGAUAUAUACACAUUCACGAAGAUGCGUCUUUCCACGUCAGAAUACUCGUAAAAAUUAAAAGCGAAGGUAGUCAUAUAAUCUAAUUUGUAUUUCUUUUUUGACUCCUAUGUUAGUCGUAUCAUACACAGUAAAGCUGCGCACGAUCACGAGCUAAACAUGUAAAUGGUCGAAUGGACUAAACUAUCUUAUUAUUAGUAUCUCGUGGACCCUUUAUGCCUUUAUUUGAGUUUGACGACCAGAUGACGACAACAUAAAAAUUUUAUAUUUCAUCACAAAAUUAAAACCCAUGAUACUGACUGGCGUGUCGAAAAACUUGUGAAAAACGUCCUACUUUUUGUGCUGCGUGGUGCACAUCUGAACGCACAAUAAGACAUCUUGUAAGCUCGAGCAUCACUCAAUACUAAUGAACGCCGAUGAUUUAACUUUGAGGGUCGCGCCUUCGGUAGUGAAUAUAUCUAUAUUCGUUUGAUGUAAAAGCUUAGUUCGGCUCUUUAAUAUUCCUCUGUAUAAAUUAUUGUCUGUGAUUUUAACGAAACAAUAAUCUUGCUGACAAUUGAGUUUAAUAAAUAAGUAUGAUUAAUGGCAAAAGCGUUCCUUUUAUCCUACAUAACUAGAUAUUACAUCAUUUUAUCUCUACGACAUUCAGUUGUACCGAUUAAAUUUAAUUAAUUAAUUAUUUUAUUUAAUAUAGAACCUCAUAACAUCACAUUGUCUCCCAAGACAUCUUAGGAAAUGAAAUUUAUUUGAAUAAUUUAGUAAUAAAGCAAUAAUAUUGAUAUUAAUUUAUUUAUUUUUUAUUAAAUUUUAAUGCUCACUGUUGUAAAAACUUGGUAUUAAAGUGUCCAUCCGAUGUUACUAAAUAAAUUGUUGUUAUUUUUUUGUUUAUGUUUUUACUAUCAAAUAAGAAGUGAUAACAGUUCAUGAAUGGAAGGUGUAAUUAUUUUUGUUAUAAUUUAAGGUAUAAAAUAAUUAUAAGUCCAAUUUUGUGAACAAAGUAUGAAACAAUAGAGAAGUAAAAACACAUACAAUAUAAUAGUAAUUCUAAAUACCAAUUUAUUUUCUUUAUAGUUAAUCAUUUAUUAAAAUAAAACCUCAUUUUACAUUUCACUUGUCCCAAUGUGCCAACAGUUGUGUCUGAAUAAAAAAAUAUAUUUAAAAUUAAACAACAAAAUAUUUUUUAUAUAAUUCUUAUUAAAUACAUCUUGUUACCUUAGGAUAAUUUAUCUCAUAAAAUAGAUUAUAGUAUUAAGUGAAUAUACGAUACAUAAAUUCAGUAAAAUUAAAAUUCAUAUCUAAUAAUAAAAGCAAUAACAACAAUUCACUUCACUUUGAUUGAUUAGACAUUUUUUCUGCACCUGAUGUUUGAUUGUACUCAUUUGGAUAACACAUGUUUGUAAUUUUGUUAAAUUUAUAUACUGCUAAUUAUAUCUUUGUAUAAAAAUGCUGAUAUAAAAAAAUAAUGUAUGUAUUAAGUUUUGAAAAUGUAUGUAUUAUAGGUUGUGCCUUUUUCUGAGACUGUUGGAUUUGUUUUAAUUUAUACAGUUGU